GGAGGUAUCGUUCUUAAUACAACGAGAAAAAUAAACAUUAACAUCUAUAACUUGGAUUUAAGAAUAAGAAAAACCCGUUACAAUGAAUUUUUACCUUCAAAUUCUUCUGUUUUUCACAUUAACGGUACUAGCCUCAUCACAAACUUUCAGAAGAUUCAGAGCAAUACCCCGAAGAACAGCAAAUAGAUAUAUUCAAAGUAGAAGAACAUCCUCAUCGUCGUUACUAGGAGGUUAUUCACCCUUUCCACAAUUUGAUUUAGACCUUUUCUCUCAACCAGUUGGUAGAUCACAACCAAUAAUUUUUGCUGGAGAUGCACCAGAUAUGCCUGAUGUUUAUAAUCCAUAUGAGCAUUUAUCUGAUAUUGACGGUGUAGGGUACAUGCAUCCGGGAUACUUGGGUGGUGGAUACAGAGCCAUUCGACCAGUUUAUAUGCCUGAUCCAGACAACUAUGGAUACAUAGUAGGAUAAUCAUUAGAACAGUUCAGAGAAGAAGACCACAACAAGAAGCUACAAACAACAAUGACUCACUAUACAAUGUUAGAAAAAUGUAAAUUAUUAUUAUUGUUUCCCAGUCCAUAAGUUAUUUGAUACUUAAUACUAGUGUAUUUGUCUUGUUUAAUUUACAUAAUAAUAAGUCCAAUGUA